UGCUGUGUGUGUAGGAGAGAGAGAUAGGCUUUUCUUCAUUCUGCUCUAUCCCCAUUCCCCCUAGUCAGACAAGCAGAGCAGAGCGGGACAGAGAGAGAGAGAAGAGUCGUGAGCGAACGAGUGUAGAACAGAACAACUCCACAAAGAGAAGAGAGAGGUGGAUAGUUCCCUUUGCAAGGAAAGAAGGAGAGCAAAAGAGAAGAAAAUCAAGCCUUUCAGAAUACAUUACCAACUGAGGACAUUACUUAUUUCUAGCCCUGUUUUAUGUUGUAACAGUGAGAUUUCUUUCUCAUUCUACGAGAGCCUACACACUGAUUGUAAAAAACGUGUACUGUGUAGCAGGAAUUGGGGAUUUUGCAGAGAGAAGGAGAAAGAAAGAGAAAAGGCUUUUUUGGAGCUAGGUUUUGAGAAGCAGGAGGCUGCAGUUGUGGAGAUCAUGCCCGGUAGAGGAGCUUGUUCUGGGGCAGGCGUGGGGAGGUUGCCUGGGUACUGGGUGUGUGUGCUGGUUCUCUGUGCCCUGGUGACAGGCUAUGUCAGCGCGUGCCCUGCCCUGUGUACCUGCAGUGGCACCACGGUGGACUGCCAUGGGCUGGGCAUCAAAACCAUGCCCCGGAAUAUACCCCGCAACACAGAGAGACUGGAGCUGAAUGGGAAUAACCUCACACGCAUCACCAAGAGUGACUUCUCUGGACUCAAGUACCUCCGUGUGCUACAGUUGAUGGAGAAUCAGAUUGGAGCGAUAGAGCGUGGAGCGUUUGAUGACAUGAAGGAGCUGGAGAGACUGCGCCUGAAUAGGAACCAACUGCAGCAGCUUCCGGAACUUCUGUUUCAGAAGAACCCUGCACUUUCACGUCUAGAUCUGAGUGAGAACAACAUCCAGUCCAUCCCCAGGAAGGCUUUCAGAGGAGCUACAGACAUCAAGAACCUUCAGUUGGAUAAGAACCACAUUGGCUGCAUCGAGGACGGAGCCUUCAGAGCACUGAGGGGCCUGGAAGUACUGACUCUGAACAACAACAACAUCAGCAGCAUCCCAGUCUCCAGCUUCAACCACAUGCCAAAACUACGCACCUUCCGUCUCCACUCCAACAAUCUGCACUGUGACUGUCACCUCUCCUGGUUGGCCCAGUGGUUAAGACAAAGGCCUACAAUUGGUCUGUUCACUCAGUGUACAGCUCCAGCCCCGCUUAGAGGACUCAACGUGGCCGAGAUACAGAAACAUGAGUUUACCUGCUCAGGUCACUCAGAGAGCUCCGGCUUGCAGCCCUGCAGCCUAGGAGGAGGUUCGUGCCCUGCCAUGUGUACCUGUAGUAACAAUAUUGUGGACUGCAGAGGAAAAGGCCUCACAGCUAUACCAGCCAACCUUCCUGACACCAUGGCUGAGAUUCGUCUGGAGCAGAAUGGGAUCAAGUCAGUUCCUCCCGGAACCUUCUCUCCCUACAAGAAGCUGCGCAGGAUAGAUCUCAGUAAUAACCAAAUAUCAGAAAUAGCUCCUGAUGCCUUCCAGGGCCUGAGAUCCCUCAACUCACUAGUCCUAUAUGGGAAUAAGAUCACGGAGCUGCCCAAAGGAGUGUUCGACGGACUAUAUGCCCUGCAACUACUGUUGUUGAAUGCCAAUAAGAUCCACUGUGUUCGGGCCAAUGCCUUCACAGACCUGCAGAAUCUCUCCCUACUGUCUCUGUAUGACAACAAGAUACAGACUGUGGCCAAGGGCACCUUCGCAUCCCUCAGAGCUAUACAGACGCUUCACCUGGCCCAGAACCCGUUUAUCUGUGACUGUAACCUGAAGUGGCUGGCAGACUACCUGCGCUCCAACCCAAUAGAGACCAGCGGUGCCCGCUGUGCCAGCCCCAGACGUUUGGCCAACAAACGCAUCGGGCAGAUCAAGAGCAAGAAGUUCCGCUGCUCUGCCAAGGAACAAUACUUCAUCCCUGGCACCGAGGACGUCCGUCUGAAUAAUGAGUGUAACAGUGAUCCAGUCUGUCCUCCUAAAUGUCGCUGUGAGUCCAACGUGGUGGACUGCUCCAACCUACGUCUCAAUAAGAUACCAGAACACAUCCCUUCCUCUACCACUGAACUUCGUCUGAACAACAAUGAUAUCAGUACACUGGAGGCUGUAGGAGUCUUCAAGACCCUCUCUCAGCUCAAAAAGAUUAACCUUAGCAACAAUAAGAUCACAGAGAUCGAAGAUGGGGUGUUCGAGGGGGCGGCGUCAGUCAAUGAGCUCCACCUCACCGCCAAUCAGCUGGACUCUGUCCGCAGUGGAAUGUUCAAGGGACUGGAGGGACUACGCAUGCUAAUGUUGAGGAACAACAAGAUCAGCUGUAUCCAUAACAACAGCUUCACUGGCCUGUACAACGUUCGACUGCUGUCUCUCUAUGACAACCAGCUAACUACCAUCACCCCUGGAGCCUUCGACACCCUGCAAACACUGUCUACACUUAACCUCCUUGCUAACUCCUUCAACUGUGACUGUCGUCUGGCCUGGCUUGGUGAUUGGCUGAGAAGCAGGAAGAUCGUCACGGGCAACCCUCGAUGCCAGCGUCCCGCCUUCCUCAAGGAGAUCCCACUACAGGACGUGGCAGUGCCUGACUUCCGCUGUGAAGAGGGUGUGGAGGAGACGAGCUGUGUGCCCAGGCCUCAGUGUCCCAGUGAGUGUACUUGUCUGGAGACCGUGGUACGCUGCAGUAACAAACACCUCCGUGCACUGCCCAAAGGCAUCCCCAGAAACGUCACCGAGCUGUAUCUAGAUGGGAACCAGUUCAGCGUGGUGCCAAAGGAACUGUCUACCUUCAAAUACCUCCAGUUAGUAGAUCUGAGUAACAACAAGAUCAACUCUCUAACCAACUCUUCAUUCUCCAACAUGAGCCAGCUCACCACACUGAUCCUGAGUUACAACUCUCUGCGCUGCAUCCCCAGUCUGGCCUUUGGUGGACUACGCUCCCUUCGACUACUGUCUCUCCAUGGCAACGAGAUCUCCGAGCUUCCUGACGGCAUCUUCAGUGACGUGGCCUCUCUGUCUCACCUGGCAAUUGGUGCCAACCCUCUGUACUGUGACUGCCGUCUACGCUGGCUGUCUGAUUGGGUGAAGACGGGAUACAAGGAGCCUGGCAUCGCUCGCUGUGCCGGACCGACGGGCAUGGAGGGCAAGCUGCUGCUCACCACCCCUGCCAAGAGGUUUGAGUGCCACGGUGAGGUGGACAGUGGCGUCCUGGCCAAGUGUAACCCGUGCCUGUCCAGUCCGUGUGUCAACCAGGGGAUCUGUCACAGUGAUCUGGUGGAGAUUUACAGGUGCAGCUGUCCUCCUGGAUUCAAGGGUAGGAACUGUGAGACUGCUCUGAACGUCUGUGUCAGUAACCCCUGUGCCAAUGGGGGCACCUGCCAACUAAACGAGGAGGAGGAGGAGGCAUACAGCUGUGCCUGUCCCCUUGGUUUUGAAGGUCCUACCUGCCAGACCAACAUGGAUGACUGUGAAGACAACGACUGUGAAAACGGAGCUAACUGUGUAGAUGGUGUCAACAACUAUACCUGCCUCUGUCCUCCUUACUACACCGGGGAGAUGUGUGAGGAGAUGGAGGAUGUGUGUGCUCCAGGUGUCAGUCCGUGUCAACACCAGUCUACCUGUCUCAUCAGCUCUACUGGACCUCAGUGUGUGUGUUCUCCGGGCUACGUCGGUGAUGACUGCAGUGUGGACUACGAUGACUGUGAGGAGAAUCGCUGUCAGAACGGAGCUCAGUGUGUCAACCAACUCAACGGAUACUCCUGCUCCUGCCUCGACGGCUACAGUGGUCAGUUGUGUGAGGUGCCCUCCUUACCGCGGUCUCUGUGUGACCUGGCAGACUGCCAGAACGAUGCCCCGUGUGUGGAGCGGGCAGGCCGGGCACUGUGCCAGUGUCUUCCUGGGUUCGGAGGGCCUCGCUGUGAGAAGCUGGUCAGUGUUAACUUCGUAGACAGAGACUCCUACCUGCUUCUCUCUGACCUCAAGAACUGGCCCCAGGCUAACAUCACACUGCAGGUAUCUAACAUCUCACUACAGGUGUCGACAGCGGAGGACAACGGUAUCCUGCUGUAUAAUGGGGACAACGACCACAUCGCCGUAGAGCUGUUCCAGGGUCACGUUAAGGUCAGCUACGACCCUGGCAGCCUGCCUGGACAUGCUAUCUAUAGUACUGAGACGAUCAACGACGGUCAGUUCCACACGGUGGAGCUGGUGACCAUUGACCAGAUGGUGAACCUGUCCAUCGACGGGGGUCUCCCCACCACCAUGGACAGCCUGAGGGGGGUCCGGCCCCUCAACGGGGAGGCUCCGCUAUACGUGGGGGGUAGGGGCCCUCUCCAGAACACACCUACUUCCUCCUCCUCUGCUGCAGGUAUGCCCGUGGAUGUCCACUCGGCAGCCUUCCGGCUCUGGCAGAUCCAGAAUGGCUCCAGUUUCCACGGCUGCAUCCAGAACCUGUAUAUUAACAACGAGCUGCAGGACUUCACUAAGACCCAGAUGAAGCCGGGCGUGGUGCCAGGCUGUGAACCUUGUAGGAAGAUCUACUGCCUGCAUGGUAUCUGCCAGCCGGACGGGGCACAGGGACCAGUCUGCCACUGCCAGCCGGGCUGGAACGGACCACACUGUGACCAGCCGGCCACCAACCCAUGCCAGGGCAGCAAGUGUGUGCAUGGCAAGUGUAUUCCCCUGGACCUGCAGUCGUACCGCUGUGAGUGUGUGGAGGGUUACCGUGGUGCCCUGUGUAACCAGCAGGGGGAGCUGUUUAACCCCUGCCGCAGCCACAACUGUAAACACGGGCGCUGCCAGAUCUCUGAUACAGGAGAGGCCUACUGCCACUGUGAGGCCGGAUACACCGGAGAGCUCUGUGAUGCAGACCAAGAGGUAAUCCAGCCUAAACCAACUACAGAGUCAGAGUGUCGAGGGGAGCCCGUGAGGGACUUCUACCAGGUGCAGCGUGGGUACACCAUCUGUCAGACCACACGCAUGGUCUCCUGGGUAGAGUGCUCCGGCGCCUGUGACACGGGUGCCUGCUGUGCCAGCCAGCGAAUGAAACGCCGGAAAUACACCUUUGAGUGCAGCGAUGGAACCUCGUUCAGCGAGGAAGUGGAGAAGACCAUCAAGUGUGGCUGCGUGGGCUGCAUGUAGCACGCUUCACACAAACCUACUACCGCCACCGCCGAGCGCACCAGAGGGAGAGCGAGAAAGCGAGAGAGAGCGAGAGAGAGAGAGAGAGAGAACCGGAGAGGAGGAAGAAGUAAGAGAACCAGAGAGUAUAAAGAAAUCUAUAUAAAACCUCUAUCUAUAUAUUAUGGACAACAAUGUUUGUAAAAUAGGACAUUUCCUCCCCUUCCAUGGCUGUGACGUACAGAAACACAGAGAAAACAAACAUCAACAACAUGGAGAAGUGUGAACAACAACAACCAAACCAUUGUAUCUGCAACAUUGUUUUGAAGGGUUCUAGAGAUGCGAAGGUGUUGCAUUCAGAGCCAGACAUCAACCAACCCCUCAUACACACCUGGUCUAAACCUUUGUCCCCUUGGCUCAUCCAUCCAUUAGGCCUCAGAUAGCCUAAGCACCCUCUGCUUUCUUUGCUUCCUGAAGGCAGUAUGUGUAAUAUGACGUCCGGCCUGGUCGGGGUGGCAGGAGGGAAGAGGUAGAGAUAUAAAUAAAUAAAAACGACUGGGGGAGGAUAGUAGAGUUGGGUUGUAGUUAAGUUUGGUUAGGCAGGGCAGGACAGGACUGGGCUGAGCAGGAGUUGGGCUGGAACUGGACUGUAGCUGGUGUGGGCUGGUAUAAGCUUGCCUGGACUGUAACUGAGUUGAGCCGGGUUAGGUCGGGUUUAGAUGGGCCAGAUUGUAGUUGAGCUGUGCUGAGCAGAGCUGGGGCUAGGUCGGGUUUAGAUGGGCCAGAUUGUAGUUGAGCUGUGCUGAGCAGAGCUGGGGCUAGGUCGGGCUAUAUCUGGGCUAGGCCGAUUUCUUAUUGGACUCUAUCCUGGAGUUUUUAGAACAAGAGAUGUCCAUUCUUUUCAUUACUGAUAAGACCACUGCACUGAAUACCAGCACUGAGAAUCACAGUCAUUUGCCCUUCACAGCACAUACACACAACAUGCACGCAUGCACCACACUAGAGGACAUUCUUGUCUGAGCAGAAGGGUCGUUCCAUUCGAAGCAGUCAGAAGGGGCUGUCUGAUACACAUUGUGAGGCAGGUAGACCUUCCAUUCCCCUACAGUAGGCUAUAAGCUAUACCCCCACCUGGAGCAGGCAGUACCCGGUGGAGACCAAUCCCCCAGCAUGCAUUGCCUCAGGAUGAUUUGCAUAAGCCCCCCCCCCUUUGAGCAGGAGGACGAUUAGGCCCCUCCCCUCAAUGCCUGCAGUAUUAAAUGUGUGCAAACUGUUGCAUGUGAGAAGUUUGCAAAUUGAUAUGUAGAGCUUUUUAUUAUGUUUAUUAUUACGGAACAAAAAGGUUCAGAAUAUUUGUUUUGUUACGUCUAAUUUCAAUUAUUUGUUUUGCAUUGUUUUGUUUUUAUUUGUUAUUAUAUUUUGUUUUCUGAUGUAACCUAACACCUUUAGCCCUCUCUUUAUACAGAAAUGCCUAACAGAUUCUAAUAUAUAUAUUUGUAUUUCAUUUUGGUAUAGUAUUUUUAUAUGUUAAAGAGUAAAUCUUUGUUUUCUGGAAGCUUCUAUUGGAACAGGCAGGAUGGCAUUUGAUUGGUUCCCUAGCUGUUUUUAUUUGUUUAUUUCACUUGCUCAAACAAGGUAGUUUGUAAUUGUCCAAAACAAGGUAGUGAAUGGUUGGCCUUGUUGUGUAGGCAGCAGUAUUGAUGUAGAAACAUGUUUAAUAUUGUAUAUGUUGUCUUCCAUGUGAAUAUGACAUCUAAUUCAUUUGAAAGUCUGUGUGCUGUUUGUUUUAUUUUUUAUUUAUUUUAUCUUAAAGCUUUUUCCUGUAGAGUAUAAAAGGCAUAAUAAUUGUUGCUGAUUUUCAAAAAAUAAAAAUAAAUAAAAAAAGUUAAAAUAAAAACUAGUGUAACAAAAAAAAGCUGUAAGGUAUUUGUGACAUCACUUAAUAGCCAGUUGUGACAGUAUUUCCUCCCCUCUGGCUCAGACACAUUCCUCAUUGGCUGUUGGGCCCGAGUGGGUGGAGUUAAAAUGCAAAUGAGUGAGAUGCCCCUCCCACUCUGAAAUACAUUUUUCCUGUAUUUACUAUACCAUACUCUGAAAUAUUGUGAAAGGGUUCUGAUCGUCUUGUGUUGAUUUUGUUUAAGUAUUAGGUUGAAUUUCUGUCAUUUUAAAUUGGGGACAUUUUCCGUGGUAGAAGUAAUUAUAAGAUUUAAGUGAAAGUCACAGUCGACUGAAAUCAAGCUGCUGUCGGAAGCUUAAUUAUUGUGGAUGUUCACAAAGAUGGUGUCUACAUUUUGCCUGCAUUAAAUUGGUGCUGCCAUCUUAUCAUUGUACUGUGGUGGGAGGUGAAAAGAUGGUGAGGCCAUGGGCUGAAUGUCAGCAAACUGUAGACCUGCCAUCUUUCUGUACAUUUGCCAUUGGAUCCACUUACAGCAAUCCUAUUUUAACAUGCACAGAUAAUGCCUGGAUUCAAUCUGUAUCGCUGAAGUUCAGCGUUAUAGGGUGAUUGAAAUUUAAAGGCAAUGUUCCAGCGUUAGCGGAGACUGCAUUCACGGUAAAUUAAUUUAGCCCUAGAUGUCCCCAUUCUGACUGGCUAUAGAACACGAAUCAGAGAUGAAAAGGUGCCAAUCGCAGUGUAGAACAGUCCAACCUGAAUGUAUAAAUGUGUAUAAAUAUGAAUUGAGCUCACUCCUGAAGCGGUAUGGUUCAGCUGUUAUCCUGUUUAGUUUCCAGUAUAAAGAGACCACAUCCUCUUUGUUUUCUAAGUGGGAGACCUACAGGACGGGUUUCCUGCGGAGUAGGAUGAAGUUGCCUCUAGACACAGUUCUGUGGUCAGUUUGGUGGUUUUCCCCACUAAUGAUUAAGGUAAAGCUUUGGGGACGGAAUGCUGAUCCUAGAUCUAUGCUUAAGAACAACUUCUACCCAGAGCGUCCUGUUGCAGUGGACUCCUUGUUUGCCCCAAUGUUAACCUUGUCUUAUAUAUCCCUGAGGUUAUCCUGUUGUCCACAUUGUAUGAUAUUGAUGAACUGUCAUCUCAUCCUUUAGCUUAACGUUUAGCUCUAUGCCUCACAGAUUUCAACAUGAGUUUAUCACAGUUCUCACAAAAAGGACUUUCAUACUUGCAAACAUGGAUAUUGAUCAUUGCAAUUCAGCCGGAUUACAUUCAUUCUAGGGUGAAACUGUAAAGACUCAUCCACCAUCCGUGAGAGAACUGUACUCCGUAUCAUGUCAUUGUGAAAAACGCAGUGUCUCUGUUGUAUUGAACUGGUAAAAAAAAGGGAAAAAAAGAACAAAAACUAUAAUAAUUCUCUGGUCUGUUUCCUACAGAUGUGCUACUUCUGUUGCUUUGGUUGUGUUCCGUUGCAGGUGUGAUGGUGGGAUUGAACUGAAGUCCCAGUGAUGCUGAAUGUAUGUAGUAUCUAUCGAUCUAUCUUUAUCUAUCGCCACCGACAAAAUGUUUACUGAACCUCCUCCACUUUUCAUUCAUUAAACUUUAAUGUGUGUGCUUUUAA